GAGGCGGCGUUCCUGAGUUGCCAACGGAGUAAGGGAAGGACCUCCGAGGCCAACCGACAAGCCACGUAUCGAUCCUUCAUUGAGCUGGAGAAACGGCCGCAGCCGCAGCAGCCUCGGAGCUCUGAGGAGCUGGAGGAUUUGCACAAGCUGCUGCACUUCCCCGAGGAGGUGGCUCUCCGCUUGACAGAGAGCGAGUAUCAGUUAUUCUAUCAGGUGCAGCCGUGCGAGUAUCUGAGGCACGUGGCCCAAGACUUGACAUCACACCCUAAAUCCACUAAAAAACCGCCACCGUCGCCAACAACACAUCAGCAAUAUCAGUCGAGGGAGUCACCCAGCACUGUCAACAGCUCCACCCAGACAGAUGAGGAGGCACUGUGGCUGGGUGGCGCGACCUCCGCCCUCUCCGUGCAGAUCCUCAUCAAUCGAUUUAAUGAGGUGAGCUCAUGGGUAACUCACACAAUAACAAGUGGCUCGACAAUCGAGGAGCGGCAGGCAUUUCUCUCGUGCCUAUUGCGAGUCGCCCAGACCUGCUGGAACACCGGCAACUUCAACUCGGCGAUGGAGAUAAUCGCUGGCCUCAAAUCGAAUAAAUUGAAGCCGUUCUGGCAGAGCAUAAAUGAACCACUCCCAGUACUGGAGUAUCUCUCAUCGGCCCUUCUGUCUUCCGAAUAUGAACGAGCGUUGUCUCGUGCCCUGGCAAUGCCGGAGUGCCCGGUUGUGCCAUUCUUCGGGGCCUUUCUCCGCGAGUUACGCGAGGUCAUUGCCUCAGUUGCCAAGCAACCGGCAGAGAGCAAAGACAGAGAGACUCAGCGAACUAGCAGUAAGGAGGGCCCACCCCUCGAACACGUGCCUUCGCCCUCGCCAGGUGCGAGAACCGCUGUUGAGAGUAAUGCCGAUGCACCCUCCGGAUGGAGCUCAACAGGGGGUACAAGCAGCGGCGGUGGCGGUACCAGUAAAGGUGUAAUUUUUGAGUGUCCACAUGACACCAAUGCUGUACUUGACAAGGUUGCCCUAUUCCAUCAGCAUCGUCACGCACGUGGAAGAGAUGCAACGACAGGCUCACUGCACCGUACACUGAGUGUACAUACAACAGCUAUACUUGAGCAGAAUUACAUGACUGAGGAGUGUGAUGAGAAUGACUACCAUCUUGAUCUUGACUCGUAUAAGCCGGUUCAACCCCUAGCCGCCGAUCACGGUGUUGCAUUGUUUCCAGUUGCAGCACCCAACAAUGGAAUGGAUCUUCAUCUUUUACAAGUACUUCAUCACGGUACAACCCUGGUGCACUGGGACUGCGAGGGAGCAGGUGGUUCCCGUACAUCUCUGGUUUAUGCUCGUGUUGAUCGUGCCUGUGGUACAUUUGUCUGGGAGAAACCAGCCUGGAGCCCCCUAAAAACAGCGGGCUUUGGUUCAAUAUCAAAUGAAUUUACACUGACAGUUAACCCUGAGGAGAAUGUACCCUCGGGACUUGUGACACGUUACACAUCACCACAGGCUGACUGUGCCUCAGUCAGUUUGGAGGAAGGCUAUCUCGAUCUGAGUUCAGUUAAAGAAGUUACAAUCGGCUGUUGUGACAAAGAUAGGGAGAUUGAACUGCGUGGCAUCUGCAAGAGAUAUGGCCUUCCAGGAUCAGACUCGUGUAUUGGUCUGAUGUAUGGCUCCAAUCUUUCGGACAAUCGGCUUAUUUUUCUCCUUGGACCACCCACACUGAGCAAAAUAUGGUACAUGGGACUCUGCUGGAUACUGCGUGGCCUCAAACGUCAGAAUCAGUUGACAGACAGAAGAUCAAGAUGGCUGAAAGAGAAGUAUCUUCAACUUUAUUUUGAGGAGGGUUGUCUUGAGCCUACUACAGCCGAUGCCAUUAGGGUGUUUGGUGGACGUGACUGGUCUAUGACUGAGAGUAUUGGUACACUUUCGCCAACAAGUACAACACUACGACGACGUAAUCCGAAGGCUGGAAAAAAAACUAAAUCCAUUGGGAAUAUCCAUGCGCUUACGAAGGAACUGAGUUUCAAGCAAUACGAUUCAUCAUCCGAGAGUGGGUUAACAGCAGCACCACUGCGUCACUUAACAGGUAGUCGUGAGUCUUUAACGAGAAUAAUGCCAGCCUCACCCAGAUCAAGUCGUGAUAGAGUACCACCGCGCAGUCCACCAGGCACUGGUGAGCGGAUUGUCUCAUCAAGCUUGCCGUACUCCAGUUUACAAAGAAACAUUUUCAGUUUACUGUGUGUAACUCGGGAUAAGGAUAGAAAUGGCUCAAGCGUAACCUCGGCAACGGGUGAGACACCGUGGCAGGUGAAAGCCCGAGCUACUUCAAUCAUGUACGAGACCCAGUUGAAUUUCGUUGAAUUCGUGGCUCUCUUUCGGUCAUUCAGCCUUCGCGCACGUAAGGACCUACGUGAUCUCUUCGGACAGCUUGCAAUCACAUGCCGGAGCCAGAGUGAUGGCUCACUCCGUGACUUCAAUAUGAGACCGUCUGUGCUGAGGCAAACCAGUGAUGCUACACCACAACGAAUUGGUUUACUCACCCGAAAUAAUUCCAUAGAUUCUCACGAGUACAAAACAAGUGGCAACCUCCACAAAAAACAAAUAUUUGAUGCCAUUGCAGCAGCAAGUAUCGUCAACAACUGUUCAGGAGUUGAUACAUCAAAGUCGCAAGUGAUAACUCUCGCAACAUUUACAAAAUUCCUUGAAUCACGACAGCAGGAAAAAUUAACUGAAGACGAGAUUAAAGCUCUCAUCAAGAGACACGAACCCGAUCCAGCACUGAGGGUGCAGUGGUGCUUGUCUUUUGAGGGCUUUGCACGUUACAUGAUGGACAAAGACAACUACGCAUUUCCAAAUGAAUACGCAAUACCUUCUGACACCGAGAUGCAACAGCCAUUGUCCCAGUAUUACAUUGCAAGCUCUCAUAACACUUAUCUCACUGGACAUCAGCUCAAAGGAGAAUCCUCAGUUCAGCUUUACUCUCAGGUUCUCCUCACUGGAUGUCGCUGUGUCGAAUUGGAUUGUUGGGACGGCGAUGAUGGUUCACCCCUGAUAUACCACGGUCACACAUUCACAACUAAAAUUCCAUUCAGAUCAGUGGUAGAGGCAAUCGAUCGCAGUGCAUUCGUCAGUUCUCCAUAUCCAGUAAUUCUCUCCAUUGAAAAUCACUGCUCCCAAGCACAACAAGCCCGCAUGGCCCAGAUAUUUCAAUCUGUAUUCGGUGAUAAAUUGGUAACGAAGUUUCUAUACGACACCGACUUUUGUGAAGACCCUCAGCUGCCAUCGCCCUCACAACUUCGCCACAGAAUUCUGAUAAAAAAUAAAAAACUCGUGGUGGAUCCUACAGCACCCCUUGUACAUCCGUCGAUAUGUCACAGGGGUAAAAUGUUGAUGUCAGAUCGUGCAUCAUCCAUGAAGCAAAUGAGAACUGACGUUAGUAGUGCAUCCGUUGUUGAAUAUUUCAGCGAGGAUGAGGAUGAUGAGGAGGAGGAUGAUGAGGAUGACAAUGUUGAUGAUAACUCAAUCUCCAGUUACGAGAGAUACCUAGGUGGUAGUCAAAUGCCACACGUACGUUUGAAAUCUGAUCCAACUGUUGACGACAAAUCCCAAAAACAAAGUAGUCAAAUAGCUAAAGAGCUCUCUGACCUAGUAAUCUACCUCCAAGCCAUUAAAUUCCGCGGCCUCAACACAACCCCAGGAACACUACCCAUUCCAAAAGCACGCCACCAAAGCCACACAAGCACCGUGCAGAGACACAGUAUCGCUGGGAUUGGUACUGGUGGAAUAGCAUCCUCCACUGGCUCACCACAAUCCCUGUCGACAUCCGCGUCUGUUGCCAGCGGUGGCAGUAAUAUCGACACGUUAUUCCGACCAAAUCGUGGCAUGCCAGCGUGCUUCCAGUGUUCAUCAUUGAAUGAGAGUGCAGCUAAAAAAAUUUGCCGUAAACAGCCACUUGGUGUUGUAGCACACGCUGAAACACAAUUGAUAAGAACAUAUCCAGCUGGUAUGCGAAUAGACUCAUCAAACUUCAAUCCCGUCAUAUUUUGGGCCUUCGGCAUCCAGAUGGUGGCGCUGAACUACCAAACGGAUGAUGCAGCGCUGCAUCUGAAUGCGGCUAUGUACGAGCAAAAUGGCCAAUGUGGUUACGUUCGAAAGCCCUCUGUGAUGUGGGAAAAGAGUCACAUGAUGUACAGAAGAUUUAAUCCCUGGGACAAAGAAUUUGACGGCCUUCACUCAGUUCAUCUGACCCUAUCAGUUGUUUCGGGCCAAUAUAUAUCACCGGCAAAUCUACUUGCCAGCACAUACGUUGAAAUUGAACUCGUCGGUAUUCCCAUUGACUGUGCAAAGCAUAAAACUAAAAUUGUCCAAAAUAAUUCCCUCAAUCCAAUCUGGAAUGAAAAAUUUUGCUUCCAAGUGAUGUUCAGAGAUCUUGCCUUUCUUAGAUUUGGCAUUGUCGAAGCUAAUUCACAUCAUCUCAUUGCCCAGAGAGUACUUCCACUUAACUGCCUCAAGCCCGGCUAUCGUCACGUACGUCUACGUUCAUGUAAAAAUAAGUCCCUAGCACUAUCAACAUUGUUCAUUUACUCGAGAGUGGAGGAGGAGAGUUUGGACUACAACACGUGCUGCAGAGAUCACAAUAAAGAAUCCAAACGUCCAUCUGGCAAGACACCAGAGAAACUUAUCAAUGUCGAUCCAGGAUUGGGUGGUGUGACUCUGAAGCGCCGAAUGUUCUUCUUGAUGGUUUACGAUGUUAUUCCAGACGAGCCCUACACCAUUCUCAAGGUCACACAGGAGAGUUCAACGCAGGAAGUUAUGCUACAGGCACUUCAGAAGGCGGGAAUAUCUGCGGAGCAUGUGGACGAGUACAUUCUUGUUGAGGAAGUAUCACGAGGCUGGGAGAAGAAGGAUAAAGAGGAAUUGCCAACCCAACGGGUCUUGGAUCCAGCUGAACAUCCAUUGCAGGCACAAGCACUGUGGAAGGGACAGGGGAGGUUUUUACUGAAACGCGUUGGCAAUGAUCCCAGCAGUAGGGCUUGGUUGGCUUCAAUAAGGAGUACAGCUGGCCAUGCACAGUUGAAUGAAAGUGGUGAAGAUCAGUCAAUGAUUUGGGACGAGGCUGAUACCUUUCUCGUUUGCAUUUACAAUGUAUCGCCUGAAAUACCGUAUGCCAUUCUACGUGUACCAGUUAGUAGUUCAGCUCAGGAUGUUCUUGCCCAGGCAUUAGUUAAAGCAAGAAGAAUGGAGGAUCCUGGCAAAUUUGCACUUGUUGAGGAAUUGGAAUGGGGCGGCGCAGGCGCCGUUGGUAGUGGUAAUCGUCAGUUGCGGGUACUACGUGACGAUGAAAAUGUGUAUAGUACACAGGCAUAUUGGAAAACACUGGGUCGAUUUAUAUUGAGAGAACGGGAGCAGGCGAUUCCACGGAAACACCUGCUACCUGCUACUCUUGAUAGAUUAAGUAAGGGCUUUUCAGUUGGUAGAUCGGUGUCACUGCCUGGCUCCAGUAAGGAGAAAGUACCGGUAGCCGAGGCUCUCUCCGAUCCGACCUCGAGGGGCCUACGCCAGCGUCUUUUAAUGGGUCGCAGACGUGAGGUACACUCGGACGGCGAAGAGUCCAGGGAAUCGGACAUCCUCAAUGCUGCAUUGCAUCUUAAGAAAGUGUCAUUGAGGAAGUUGAGAGCCUGGAAAUCUUAGUGGCAGUCACGGGCGACGACGCUUACAUCGUUGUUUGCCCCUCGGAGAAAUGGUGAUUAAAUGUUUAAACCUUUAAUUACUGCUGUGGAAUUAUGAUUUUUUUACAUUUCAAUUAGAGUCGGCUGGGUUUGGAAAAUUCAUCUGAAGACGUCUUACUUUAAAAGAAAAAAGAAAUUUAUUGACUGUGAGAAUGUCUUAUGAUAAACUCUUUCGAACCCACUAAUUUUUCAUGUUUCUAAAUAAACGAAAAGAACGAAUACUUUCAUUUUAUUCGUUUCGUAUAAUGAUCAAUGAACAAUUGUUGCCAAUUGGAGAUUAAUUCAACCGUUGUAUUGCCAAAAUUUCAAUUAUUGGACAAUCAGUAACCAACUAUUGCCGCGUGAUAUCCCCUGGAAUUACCCCUGAUUUUAAUCGCAUAGACAUUAUCGAUAAAUUCGAUAGUAAAAUGAGUGACGUCGCUCGAUUGACUGUACUCCGAAUAAAUUUCAGUAACAACUGAGGACGGUUGAAUUUGCUGGAGGAAAACUGAUAUCGAAGGAAGUUACACCGACAGUCCAAUGACAGGUCUAUCAUUAGUGAAAUUUUUUUAGUAAAAUUCUAUGAGUUAUUUAUAUUUAGACGAAGACUGGAAGACGAGGGUGGGAUGAAUCAAAGAAAGAUUUUUCAUUGUCUCUUUUGAUGAGUGAUAGCCCACGUAAUAAUUGAAUAAUCGAAUCAUCAUUCAAUGAACCAAAUUAAAUGUGAUGAUCGGCCGAAUCAACGCUACCGAUAAUGUGGUAUUUAUCACAUGAUGUAAAAGAAAAAUGAUAAACGUACAUCGACACUGGCGACGAAGUUUUCCUGGCAAAGUUGGCCAAAUAACAAUAGACAGUUACAAGUUUAUAAUGAUUAUAGAAUGUAAUAGGAUUUAUUCAGUGUUCAAUAAGAAUUGUUAAAUGAAUUUUUUAAAAAUGCCUAAACUUGUUUUUUGUAGAAACACUCGUGUGUGCCUGAGCUGUUUGGUCAGUGCGUGUUUAACAGAAUUAUUUUUAUUAUGAUAAAUAACCAUGAGAUUCCACAUCCAUUAAACUUCAGAUGUAGAGCAUUAUGAAUUAGAAAUUAAUCAUAAUUUUAAUGAUUAUAGCUUUAAUGGCUUCACCUUUGUCGAGGAUAAACUUCACAGAUUACACAAUUUUAAUACUAUCCAUUAAUUUUUAAUGAAACUAAUAACAAUACAGAGACUAUAGAAUUAUAAUAGUAGAUGAAAAUUUAUAUAAUUAACAAAUGCAAUAGUCUAAUCACACCAAUACGGGUUCAUCAGAUGAAUUAUCGUUUUUUUUGGUUCAUUAUCUGUUGAUCGAUUGAAAUGAUUGAGUUAGUCAAUCAAUCUCGCCGCCAUCAAUUUUCCCGAAGUCAAUGAUAAACACAUAUUCCACAUGAAAUAUCUCUUCGCGUCUCAUUCAUUUUUCCCAGUCAAUUUCCGCUAUUUGUGAUUGUCAUUCACUCCAUUAGUUUUGAUUUAUCCAUGAAUCGUUCUGGUUUAAUUUUUUUUUAUUCGCAAUCGACAGAAGCGAAUUUUCAACUGAAUUAAUUACCCUAGUGUCAACUGCAUUAAUUAAUAACGAAUGAAUCCAGAUACGGCGUACGUCUCACACGUGAAUAAAUAUUUUCACAGUCGUUCGUUUUUAUUUCAAUGAAAUUAAAUUAAAGAACAAUAUCACUUCAAGAGACCAAAAAAAAAUUGUUUUUCAUUAAAAUUGAUAACAAGGUAAAUAUAAAUAUGAAAAAUGUUAAUAUCAUGGCUAAAGUAUUCAUCAGAUUCAUAUCUAUCUAAUAUCGCACUAGAAUUACUGAUAAUUCGAUGUAUCAUCACACUCCGAAAAUGAAAAAAAAACUUAUCAAUUGUCAAUUUUUUUCGGUCAUAACUCAUGAAGAUAAUGGGGAAAGUGAUUUUUAAAUUGAAGGAGGUAAACUUAUCACCGUAUCUCGUGAUUUUUUCUAUUCACUGUAAAACUAUUGCAUUUGAAGGGUGCAUUUCUAAUGACAAAAUAAUUCCUAUAAUAAUCCCCGCAUCGAGGCAACGCAUCGAUCGUAUCGGUGCUGGUGAAGUUAUUUCAGUCGAUUAAUGAUUUUGUAAUUAUGAAAUUUUCACGUUGAUGAGUACACUGACAGAAGAAUUCGGUUGAGGUUAACAAGGUUCAGCAAAUUAGAACAACUAAAUAUUCAUUAAUUGUUAUCGAGAGACUCAGUUGACCUGUGAUAUCAUAGUCAUCCAAGUGAACCAUUCGAUAAUAGUUAUUAAAUAGUAAGGUGAAAAUAAACAAAUGCGGUGAUUAUACGCGGGGUCGUACAAGGUUUGUAGAAAUUACACGAGAGAUGGGGUGUACUAUUAAUCUAAAUUCAGCAACUAUUGCCAGGAAAAAUAAAUCCUCGCUUGCAUCGAUAGAACCGGUGGGUUCAUCCAACGGUGUGGGAAUAGUGCAUUUCAGGACGAGUGCCAUAAGGAUUUUUAGUCCCGUGGUGUUGUCAUUCCAGCCGAAGGGCAGGACCGACAUGCCAUGCGAGUAAAAAUCCCUAGGGCAUUAGCCAUGAAUAAUAUUUGUCUGUAGUCAUUUUCACUUUUUCUAGUUUGAGGAAGAGCCAGUGCCAAUUCCCAAACGAGGAAAGUGAGGGUCAGUACGAAAAAAUACAUUUUAUUGGAUUGACAAGAUUUCGAGUUAACUACAACGGACAGUUCAUUUAUACGAAUUAUCCCCCCCCCCUCCCUUAAGGUUUAUUCACGUGCUGAAUACAUAAUUAAAAUAUUCAAUACUCGGCUGUAAUAAUUUCACCUCAUUACCGAAAUAUAUUCUUAUCGGCUAGUCGUUUUGAAUUUCUAGUGACGUUACAAUGUAAAGAGACCUAUGGUAAAAUCAAUAAAAAAAAAUUAUUAUAGAAAAAAAGAACAAGAUUGUAAUACAUAGUGAAAAAAAUAAUGCUUCUAACGCUGCGAAAUAUGAAAUUACACUUAACUACUUUUUAACAUUUUGGGACCAUUAUCAUGAGAUUAACCGACUUCUUGAGGUUACCACGAGCAGUAUUAAGUUUCCAUUGGAAUAUACGCGCUGAUGAAAAAAAUAAAUAAUGAUAAAUUAUCAAUCAGCAUCAUUGACUCGAGUAUUACCCCAUCGGAGAGAAAAAUUUUAAAAAAAAUUAUGUGUAAUAUCCCCGUGUACAUAUCCGGUGGAUCCGUAUACGAUCCCCCGAGAAUAAAUAAUAUCCAAGAACAAAGAAAAAAUCAUGAAAAAUAUAAAAAAAUAGAUGGACAUUAUUUCAGUUGUUUUGUACAUCAGUUAAAUCGACAAAAGCCAAAAAGUUUUUCGCGUCGUUGGCGAGAGCCCUCGCAAAGACCGAAGAACUGUCAAAAUUUUAUAAAAUUUUAAAACGUCGAGAAUUUUUUAAUCAACCAGACGUUUAUUUUAAUUAAUUAAAGGCAUUAAAAAUUAGGAUUUGACAUUGUCGACGAUAGUUAUUCGGGUGAAAAUACCACUUUGCAUCGUGUGGUAUAGGUCUCUGUCCACUGUUGACAACUGCUUUGUACGCUAACGCUAGUACUUUAUGAAAAAAAAAAAAAGAAAAAAAGCAUUUGUACUCGUCCAUUGAAUUUUAUGUUGCCAGGUAUCUCUGACGUUUUACUCUACUUCUGUAUUUUCACGCGCAUUCUUUCAUCUGUACAUAAAAUGUCACAGUUCGUUUGGAAUUUUGUUUCACGUUUAGCAUCAAAGGAGAGAAAAAUACAGCUGACUAUUGUUAUUGCAUAAUUCUCCCUGACACAUAAAGCAACGAAGAUUCACUGUUAUUCACAUUAAUUUGCAUUGGCAUUAUUUAAUGAUUUUUGACAACUGAUUUUAAAACUCUAGUCACACAAUUUCCCCAUUUAUUUUUUAAUCUGUUCAUUGUUAUUUAUUAUCCACUCCAUUAUUAAUUAUUUUCUGUCUUAAUCGUAAUUAGUUUAAACUCUCGAGACGUCGGUUCUUCAUGUUUUAUUCAUACGAUCGAAUCGAAUUGUGGUAAAAAUGAAACAUUAAUGAAUUGAUUAAUAGGUUUAGUAAACUGAAUUUUUUAUGAAAAUUGAGGCAAAGUAUCUCCGACCUUGAAGUGUGAAUUUUUUGGCUCGCCAUUUCAUGUGAUUUGAUUACAUAAAGUAAGUUAAGGGGAUAAUACUGAGGAUUUAAAAAAUUAAUUAAAUAAACAAUGAAGAAUGAAAAUAUCCUUCGUAGAUACGUCAAAUAAUCGCAGUUGAAUUGUGUAGGUCAAGAUUUAAUUGAUGAUGAAGAAAAAAAAAACAUCACUUAUUAUGAAUAGGAUAGAAAUUUUUUGGCGUUAUUUAAAUUACGUAGUUCUCUGUUCUUUUUUGAGGAACACGUGACCCAAAGCAUGCGGCCAUUUAGACUACAUAUAUUAUAAUAUAAAUAUAUAUAUAAAUUAUUAUUAAUUAUUAUGGUAAUAUUGACAUUGUUGAAGGAUCUAUAUGUAAAUAAACAUAAAGAGCAUUUUUAUAA